AUGUCUACCACGACCACCGUUCAGACCGUUGCUCAGCCAGUUUUGAAGACUGAGCCCGCCCCCUCCAAGGACGCAGCUCCCAAAAAUGCUCCUCCCAGCAACGUCGCUGAUCUAGCGACUGGAGGCUACGAGUUCCCCGGAAUCCCCAAGAUCACAGAUCCCUACAAGAAGAGACAAUGGCAGCUCGAGCAUAUGGCCGGUGCCUUUAGGGUCUUUGCCAGAAAGGGCUUUACCGAGGGUACGAGUGGUCACAUUAGCGUCCGUGACCCUGUCGACCCAAACACCUUUUGGAUCAACCCCAUGGGCAAGCAUUUCGGUAUGCUCAAGGCCAGUGAUAUGGUCCAAAUCAACGAAGACGGACAAGUCAUCGGUGGAAACAAGGUCGCCAUCAACGCAGCCGGCUUCGUCAUCCACAGCGCUAUCCACCGUGCUCGCCCCGACGUUCACGCUGCGUGCCACAUGCACUCUCCCGCCGGAAAAGCCUGGUCGACUUUUGGCAGGCCCAUCGACAUCAUCAACCAAGAUUCGUGCCUCUUCUACAACACACAGGCCGUGUAUCAGGCCUUUGGAGGAGUCGUCCUUGGCGCUGAAGAGGGUCAGAACAUCGUCAAGGCACUGGGUGACAAGGGUCGCGUGAUCUUCCUCCAGAACCACGGUCUUCUCACAACAGGCGGCACAGUCGACGAGGCUGCGUACCUUUUCACCUGUCUGGAGCGAACUUGUGAAGUGCAACUGAUGGUCGAGGGCGCGGGGCUACCAAAGAACAUCAUCGGGGACAAGGAAGCCGAGUUCACUGCCAGAGUGAACGCUGACCCCGAGACACUCUACACCGAGUUCCAGCCGGAUUUCGAGUACGAGAUUUGGAAGUCCGGGGGAGAACUGUGCAAGGGAGAAUAA